AUGGUCAACACGGAAGGAUCAGAGACGCAGCGGCUGAUUCAGAAGAAUGGAGACCCGGCCUCAAAACACGACAGCCCUGACUAUCAGUCCGUGAGCGUCAACAACAGUGGGGCAUACGACCAGAAAUUUCCAGAGAAGGCAGAGCCAGACAAGCCAGGCAACGAUCGCUUCUCCACCACCCAGCGGAAGCUGCUAGCCUGUCUGAGUCUAGUAACGCUACUAAACGGCUCCCUGAUCGCCGUCAUGAUCCCGUUCUUCCCCGUGGAGGCGGCUUCUCGCGGUGUAUCUCAGACAGUCAUCAGCGGCGUCUUCAGCUGCUUCGCCAUUGUCAAGAUGAUGCUGAACCCGCUGGUGGGACGUCUAGCUCCUAAGAUCGGCGUCAGUCGACUCUACAACAUCGGCCUGGCGCUGGCGGGUGUGUCGACGCUGGUGUUUGGGGUGCUGGACAGGAUCGAAGACACUCAGACCUUCAUAUUCGCCGUGUUCGCGGUGAGGCUAAUAGAAGCCGCAGGCUCGGCGGCGAUAUCCACCUGCGGCUUCACCAUCGCCGGGAGCGAGUUCGGCAGUCGGGUGACCACAGCGGUCGCCGUGAUCGGCUCCUCGCUGACGGCUGGCCUGGCGCUGACACCGGCCCUCUGGGGCGGCCUGUACGCCGUCGGCGGCUUCGGCACGCCCUUCUACACCCUCGGAGCGGUGAUGCUGCUAACCUCAGCCGCCCUCACGCGCCUGAUACCCGACAUCGAGAGCGCCGACUGCCAGCAGGCGCCGUUCGUCGCGUCGCUACUGAAGUUCCUCGGCGCAGUCGACAACUGGCUGUGUCUGGCGACGAUCCUCGUCUUCGCUGCUGACGUCACCACUGUCGAGUCUGCAUUCGCGGUGUACUCUGAUCAGGUCCUUGGCGUUCCUCCUUCUCUAGUCGGUAUCUUCUUUCUCGUCUCGACCACUCUCUAUGCACUGGUGAACCCUCUCUGGGCGCGGCUCUCUGAGAAACGUCCCAGUCCGUUUCCCCAGAUGGCUGGCUGUCUUAUCGCCUCUAGCGUAGGUAUCAUCUUCAUCGCCCCAGCUGUUCCCCUACCUCCACACUGGCUCAUCACCGGAGCAGGUAUGAUCUUCGAGGAGCUGUUCAUUGGCGGUGCCUUCACUCCCUGCUUCAAGGCGAUGCUGGACGCGAGUGUUGCGAGCGGUCUCGAGGACAGUGUGGCCACCAAGGCGUUCGUUUCGAGCCUGUUCCACGCCACGUUUUCGCUGGGGAUCGCUGUGGGUCCGGUGUCAGGCGGGGCGGUCAUUGACCGGUAUGGGUUUGCGGCGAUGACCGCGGGCAUUGGAGCGAUGACGGCGUUGUUGGGUGUGGUGAUGGCGGUCAGGGUGUUGGUGAAGCGAUGA